AUGGCGUUACCACCCGAAGUUCUUUGUAAUAUUGCCUCGCAAUUGCUGGAGCCAGUGUUCAUGGAACACUGGCCGGAGAAACUCCAUAGCGAUAGUAGCUGGGAGGUUUUCAAGCAGUGUGAGCCUUCUAGGAUGGCUAGCUUCGAGAGGGCAAGACCCUAUUGGCUGUCGGGUUAUCCAGAACACGAGACAAUCUUCUACAAGUUGAACAUCAAUCUCAGAACGCUCUUGAAUCUCCGCCUAGUGUCCCAUGAGUGGAACAUGGCUUCCACUGCUAUUCUGCGGAAACAUCACUGGUGGAGAGCGUCUUCGGAGGAUGAAGGCAGAAACCUCGAGAUGGCUAUCAACCCUACACGUGCGGCAAAGGCCCGAAGACUCGUCGGAAGAUACCAGAGAUCCUGCAGAGGAGAGGAUCAAGAGACUGGUCAACCAGUCUACUCCGACCGGCUUUUCGACCGGCAGGAGAUAGCAUUUCCUUUGGCGCCGGAGCAUGAUGAGACAAUGCUACCUUAUUCAGCCCUAAGAAAUCUCUUUGACAACAUUGAGGGCGUUGAGGCACUGAAACUCUCAUAUCUAAGGGCGAUAGGGCUGCCAUUUCACAGCCAACUCCGCACCGACCCGGAAGCCGAAGUGGACUGCAUCGAUUUGCAAAUCAUUAAGAACAUAACCGCAACUCUUCGGCAUAGCUUUCUAUCACCUGCUUUGAGCAGCCUGACAGACCUUUCUCUCUCCCUACCAUGCACGCAUAAUGUCGGAGAAGUAGUCAGCUGCUUAGACCAGACGGCCCGGGACCGCCUCAAACAUCUCAACAUUGGCAUUAGCGAUCAAACUGGUCAAUUCGGAGAUAGGAAUACAGUGCGAGAUGAAGAAGAUGAAGACGCUAUUCCCCACGACAACAACGAGUUUCUUCAGAGCCCACUUUAG